AUGAUUACACCGAAAUCAUCGCCAGAAAAAAGAAUAUUUGAUUGGCAAGAACAGAAGCAGUCAAAUACAAAAAAUGAUAUCGAUGCCACUUUAUUCUGGACAAGAAAUUCCAUUGUUCUAUCGAUUGGAAGCAUUCUAUGCGUAAUUAUUAUAACAUUAUUAGCAGUUGUUUAUUGGUGUUCAAAACAACAAAAACUAUCGAAGCAAAAGUCUCAUUCAUCUGAAUUGUCACAUUUUACAGCACAUUCUGUUAAUGUUAAAACACCGAGGCCAAAAGAAAUUAAAUUAUUUCCUAUUGUACCAAAAUUAGUACAGCCCAAUUCGUCAUCAUCAUUAAUACUACCGUCUAUUGAAAACAAUACUAUCAAUGGAGAUACAUGUUCAACAGCCGAUUCAUCGUCGUCAUCGACGGCUAUAGCUACGAAGAGAUUACGAAAAAAAAAUUUACUUGAAAGGAGAGGCUCAAAUAAUUCGUUAACAAUAUCCAUAGCUCCAAAACAUCGUCUUCUAAAUAGUCCACCAGUUGAUUGUCCAUCUGAUGAAUAUUUACAAACUGGAACAAGAAAAUUAACAAUCGAUGAACUUCAUCAACAUGCCCAAGAUGCUCGAUCACUUUAUCAUGAAUUUUGGACUAUUCCAACAAAUCAUCUUGAAAAACUUCGUCUUUGUGGUGCUGGCACUAAAAAUCGUUAUGGUACAAUUAUUGCUAAUGAGCAUUCUCGUGUAAAACUAUCUGAACUACCUGGUGAUCCACUGUCAUCCUAUAUCAAUGCGAAUUAUGUUAAUGGUUAUCUUAAUGAAUAUCAUGCAUUCAUAGCAACACAAGGCCCACUUGCCAACACAAUUGUUGACUUUUAUCGAAUGAUUUGGCAAGAACGUGUGCCCGUAAUUGUUAUGAUAACUCGUUUAUAUGAAAAAAAUAAAGCAAAAUGCGAAAAAUACAUUCCAGAUAAUCAAUCUGCGCAGUAUGGUCCUUUUCAAAUUCAAUUGAAAUCAAUAACAUAUCGAACUGAUUAUGAAAUACGUCGAUUAGUUAUUGAAUUUGAAAAUGAACAACGCGAAAUUGAACAUUAUUGGUAUACAGCAUGGCCAGAUCAAUCAUGUCCAGAUAUUGUUCAUCCAUUAAUUGAACUGGUGAAAAAUGUUGAAAAAAGUCGUGUCGAUUUGCCGGAUUUAAAUAAAUGCUCUGGUCCUGUUGUUGUUCAUUGCAGUGCUGGAAUUGGUCGUACGGGCUGUUUUAUUGCGCUGAGCAAUGGUAUAAAACAGCUUGAUACUGAACAUACUAUUGAUAUAGUUCGUAUACUUUGUGAUUUACGUCGCGAUCGUGGCGGAAUGAUUCAAACCAAUGAUCAAUAUCAAUUUGUUUAUCAAGCAUUGAGCGAAUAUGCUAGAACGUUGCAAUCCUCAUCUUGA